CAUUUUCCCUUCGUCUGCCCUGAUCAUUGGACCAAAAUAAAAACCACCAGGGCGCUCGCGGAAGACUCAUUAUGAGCUCCAGACCCUGAAUCCCAAGCAAAGAAUAACAUCGUAAUCAGAGCAUACAUAUGUACUUAUAUGUAUUUAGUUAUUCUGUACACUUCCCUGUUACAGGUAGGUAGGUCCCUGCGCGUCAGCGAAGCAAAUGAUUUUUGUAUCUUGGUCUCGCACCCUGACAUAGCCACUCACAGAGUUGCUUGACCGAGGUGCUCAGGAACUGUGCCGAUAUUCAAUCGCUGGAAAGCUUGAGCCUGCCCCACAGCUACGACUACAACGAGCGGAAGAUGAUUUCCCCAAACCCGUAUUCCUUCAGCGGGAACGUGUCGAAUAGCAGCUGUGCCAGCGAAGACGUUUCCUUCACCGACUGUAUACUUGAGGACAAUGGCCGUAUUUCGUUGGCCUACGAAAAUCUAAGAAGUAUUCCACGGCGACUUGCAGACAAGUUUGCAGCGCAGACCAAGUGCCUCGAUCUUAGUCAUAAUGACUUUCGCGAUUUAAAAUUUCUCUCCUUCUUCGAGGACCUGGACACACUGAUCUUAGACAGAAAUGUGAAUUUGGACCUGAACACACUACCAUAUCUGCCAAGCCUUAAUAUAUUGUGGAUCAACAACUGCGAUGUCUCAAACAUAACCGACUGGAUACACCGCAUCGAACGUCACUGCCCAGCGCUGGAACAGCUAUCGUGCAUGGGAAACCCUGGAAUCCGCAACGUCUUCGGCAGUCAGGGUGCCGAAAUGGCUGUCGCCCGCGACUAUAUUCUUCAAGUAUUACCCAAUCUUAAAUAUCUUGACGGUGUGCCGGUGCCGGUAUCCCAGAAAAACGGUAACGGAAGCCAUUCUGCUCUCUCCCCAUCCCAAGGGCAAUGCCAAGACUCAACGAGCCACUCGGGCAGUGGGAAAAUUUCCACACCGACACUCGCGUUCAAGAAUCUCUUUCGACUCAAACAAUCCCCGAAGCCACAUGGUCCUGGUGGAGUGCGAAGCGAGCAGAUGUUUGGAAACGGCUCCUCCACAAACUAACGUAACAUUCGGUUCGGGAAGGGUACAUAUGUACAUACAAUAUAUGCAUGUGAUAUUUAGCCAUCCACGGAAUUAUCAGCGCUGCACUCAUGGCUUCUCCCCCAGAAUACUGCAGCCCUGGAUUGCACCUACAUAACAAUGGAUGCAAUGAAUGUGUACGAGUAUAUGAUAAUUGUCAUGAACUAAAUAUGUACACAUAUGCUAAUGUUAAUAAUGCACGAGCCAGCCCAGCAAAAAUAAUCUAGUGUCAUAAAAUGAAUUUUACAAUGCAGCGACUGAACCACAUCAAUAAAUGUUCUUUAUUAAUGGCUGGGAUUAUUAUAUAUAUGUAUAUUCGUGCAUUCACAAUAAUUUUUCAUAUUUUUUUUCAUGGUAACUUUUUUAUAACUUAAAGACCACGUUGUUCAAUAUCUAAUCAGCACCUGUUUCGAUUAUGAAUACUUCUUUGAAACGUACAUAAAGAAGCUUUUCAGGCACCAUUAAACGUACAUAUGUACAUAUGUAUGUAUGUAUAUUAGGCUGGUCCAAAAUUUGAUCAAACAAUUUUUUUUUCAAU